AUGGCUUCUGCUGGGUUCUAUUAUACAAGUAUAGGUGAUACAGUCCGUUGUGAUACUUGUGAAUUAGAAGUAUCUGGAUGGGCGUUAGAUAUGAAGCCAUUUGCUAUUCAUGCACAACGCAGCCCCAAAUGUGCAUUUGUUCGCUCAAUUCUAUUUGAUGAUAUGACUCCUAAAUCAUUAACGAUAAAUCUUCGUGAAAUGAAUUCGGUGUUAAUAAAUGAUGAAAAGUCAUCUAAACAUCAAAAAAUUGAAGCAACACAAGUUAUUUGUCAGCCACAUAGAUUUAUCGAAAUUGACAAAAUAAAGCAAAUACGAAAACGAACUUUUUCACAUUGGUCACAUAGAACAUCACCUUCAAGUCAACAAAUGAUUGAAGCUGGUUUCUUCAAUUGUAAUGUUGAUGAUCGUGUCAUUUGUUUAUGUUGUAAUCUUAUUUGUCAAAAAUGGACACCACAUACAGAUGAUCCAUGUCAAAUACAUAAAACACUUUCUCCUAAAUGUCCAUAUGCUAUUUCAAUGUUAGAGAAUCAAUCAAUAUCAUCAGUUCAUAUCAUUAAUGAACAGGUCAUGAUAGAUACCCCUAUAGUGACAACAAAUAAUAAUACAUGUCAGAGUAAUAAGAUUGUUGACCCUGCUAUAUGCCAUACAAAUUAUAUUGAAAUUCCUAUGCGUCAUGCUUCUUUUGCUACAUGGUCGAAUGAAAAUUUACCGUCUGUUGAUGAUCUGGUGAAGGCUGGGUUUUUUUGUACUGGCAAUACAAUUAUUGUGACAUGUUUUUAUUGUAAUGGAUCAUUACAGAACUUCGGAGCAAACGAAAAUCCAAUCGUUGAACAUAUUCGAUGGUUUCCACAUUGUGCAUUUGCUAAAGAGUUGUGUAGUCCAGAGCUGUAUCAAGAAAUUCAACAAGUUGAAGGAAGACAUGACAAUGAUGAGGAUGAUGAAGUCACUAUCUCAUCUCAUAUUAGAAGUCGUCUUGAUUUAUCGAUCUCGCAAAAUUUAAUUGCUCAAGGUUUCCACUUAUCAAUCAUCAAACGUUGUUGUAAAGAUCAAUUCGAUUUAAAACAUGAUGAUUUUGCUGAUGAUUCCGAUCUUCUAGUAGCUUGCAUGAUUCUUCAAAAACAAAUUGAACGUAUUGAUAAUAAGAAAGAAAAGAUUAUUAUUCCGAAUAUAAAAAUGAACGAGAUUCGUCUACGAGAACAAACAGAUAUUUGUAGUUCAACUUAUAUAUGA